UGCUUCCUCACAGCUAAGUAGAAAAGAACCCACGCGAGCGAUUUCAGCGAGCAAAAAAAAAAAAAAAAUAAAUAAAAAAAAGAGAGCAAAGCGUGGGUUAAUAUUACUCAAGCUCGACCCCUUCUCUCUCUCUCAGCUUCCUGUCCUCGCAGACGUGCGAGUUGUUGCCCCUGUGCCGCUCGAUGGCAUCAGCUGUGCAAGGAGCUCUCUAGUUCGCCGCGCGCCUUUUGUAUCUGUUCCGGGGCAGGCUGGGAUAGCGGUGUUGGCGUGUUGUGUGCUGGGCUCAUCAUGGUCUCACUUGCCUGGCUGCACGGUGUGUACGCAACUCAACCUCAAUGGCUCAGCAUGACCGCCGGGGCGUGUGUGUGAUAGCAGCUUUCGCCCAUCUGCCUGCCGACCCAGCAUCUUGACAAGGUGUAGCGAGGAUUUUCGGCACACACGUGUCUCUGCGCGUGUGUGUCUCUCCGUGUGCGUGUGUGUCUGUAUGUGUGAACGCGCGUUUGUCCACCCGAUCAUGCAUCGUCCUUCAAGUGUGGCUCUUCUUUUCCGUCGUCUUCGUCGAGCUGGGGUACCCUGCUUCCCGAACUCGCUGGUCCGCGCGACCGGAGGUGUCCUCCGACUACCCGAGUGCAUUGUGGAUUGCCCCCUGUGCCAACACAGCACGAUGUCUUAGUGGCGUUGGAUACCCGCCAGAAGCAGGGCGUCACUAAAGUUGGGUAACUCUCGCCUUGGACGCAGCUGCUUUUUCACCCUCGGGUGUGUUGAAGAACAAGUCAUGGACUGCGGUUGUUGUUGGGGUUCGUCAAGACGUCUUUCACGGAUUUCCAACCAGUUGAGAUUUCGGGGUCGUGUGCACUGGCCGAGUGCAAAGUUGUGUAAACCUUAACACAGAGACAUCAUGUUUCACUGGCUGGGUACUUCUUUGGUUGGACCUCGAUAUUGGCAUGGGAGGUCCGAGGAAGAGCGUGACAUCUACACAAACCGAAGACAGACCAUCUGAUCGAGAGAGACAGGGACAGACGACCAGACAAACUAACAAUGCUGAUGGACAGUAUUAUCGGGUCGGUAGGGAGAGUAGCCAACGUCAAAGUGCGCAACGAUGACGACCUCAACGAUCGGCUGAAUCACCUGUACACUACAGGUAUCCUCAUUAUCUUCACUGUCGUUGUCUCUGCCCGUCAAUAUGUGGGAGACCCCAUACGUUGCUGGUGUCCUGCACAGUUCACGGGCGCGCACGUGGACUACACGAACAACAUCUGCUGGAUCUCCAACACCUACUACAUCCCCAUGGACUUUAUCGUCCCGGAGGACAUCAGCCGCCGCAACGAGCGCGAGCUGACCUACUACCAGUGGGUGCCCGUGGUACUCCUCCUGCAGGCCCUCAUGUUCUACAUCCCCUGCCUCCUGUGGCGCCUCCUCAACGGCCAGUCGGGCAUCAACGUGGACCGCAUCGUCUCGCUGGCCAGCGAGGCGCAGUACGAGAGCCCGGAAGUACGCAUGCGCACGAUCAAGUACGUCGUGCGUCACAUCGAUCGUUGCCUGGACAACCAGCGCGAGUCGCGGCACCGCUGUUGCGUCAAGCUUCGGCACGUGCUGUCGGCGAAGCUGUCGAUCCUCUGUGGCAAGCGUUACGGUAAUUACUUGCUGUCCGUGUACUUCCUCAUGAAGGUCCUCUACAUCUCCAACGCCGUGGGACAGCUGUUCAUGCUGAACGCCUUCCUGUCCACGGACUACAACAUGUACGGCUAGGUGCUGGAGGACCUCGUCACCGGCACCGAGUGGACGGCCUCGCGCCGCUUUCCGCGCGUCACCAUGUGUGACUUCGAGAUCCGUCAGAUGACCAACAACCACCGCUACACCGUUCAGUGCGUCCUGCCCAUCAACCUGUUCAACGAGAAGAUUUACAUCUUCCUCUGGUUCUGGCUCGUCUUCGUCUCCAUGCUGACCUGCUACAGUUUCACCUCCUGGCUCUGGCACAUGGUCUUUCCCACCUCGCGGGUCCACUAUGUGCGCAAGUUCCUCAAGAUCAUGGACCGCCUGGGCACUGGCCCGGACAAGAAGCUGGCCACCCGCUUCACCAUGGAGUACCUGCGACACGACGGCGUGUUCACCCUGCGGCUUAUAGGCAAGAACUCCAGUGACAUCGUGGUGGCGGAGAUAGUGUCCGGCCUGUGGGACAUGUACAGAAGCAAAAAGUCCAUACAGAUCCGUAACACGACCCUGCCCACCAAUGGGCACGAGUCAGAAGGAGAGGAUGUAUAACAGAGAGUUGGGUGGUGGUGGUGAUUUUUUUUUAAUCCUCCCACAUGUUACAAAUUGUUAUGUUGCGUGUGUGUGUAUGGGUGGGUGUGGGUGGGUGGGUUGGUGUGCUGUUCUCUCGACAAACAAGACAUCGUGCGCUAAGUGUUAUGAGCGCAUUCACUCGACGCUUGCAGUCAGGUGAUGCAUGCUCCGCGUAACGGAUUAUGCAAAUUUUAUCCACAGUCAUAAACAGUUUUGUAGAGUCACGGGGUAUACACCAUUCAAACGUGUUCCUCCUCCAUACACCCCCUCCACCCCUUGGUCCCCCAUCAUCAUUCUCCUCCACCACCACGCCAUCUCCUGGGUGAAGUGAGAAUCACGGCUGUGUAUAUCAAUGGUGCUCUUAUGCGACAAAGCAUCGACGUCGCAUGACCGGCAGCAGCCAAUGGUAGACUUCCACGUGGAAUAGUAUCGAGUGCAACAGCCUGAUGGUGUCAUGAGAUAUUCUGCCUCCAGCGUUGUGAUCUGCCUCCAUAUGUUGCUAUUCGCCAACUGCCAGCAGGGAUUCGUGGAAGCCAUGCUAGAGUAAGGACGGCUGCCUGUGGGUGUUCCCUCCCGACAUUUAGAUAAGCGAAAACUUCUUUCAAAUUUUUUUUUUACACGAUCGCCUUCCGAUCUCUUAACAAAACAUUCCGGCUAGAUCCAUUUGCUUCCCCUGGCUCUCUGUCAAGCAUCACCAUUAUAAUAAUAAUUAUUAUUAUUAGUUAAAAAACUGAGACUUGGAUGGCUACUGCAAUCACUCAUGAAGUUGUAUACACGCAGUGUAUGGUCGGUUUGCCCUGUUAGGUUGUGUUUACGCAUUUUUUUUCCUCCCGCAUGUUUAGCAAAUACCCGUAUGCACGCGUCUUCUGUUACAGUUCAGUUUGUACACGUCUGGCAGAGCUUAGGUGUUCAGAACUUUAUGAACUUUAGACCAAAUCGUAGUUGUGAACAUUCUCUCCGGUAACUCUGCAGAUGAAAUUCCAGCAUCACUGCGUCCUCUUUGUUUUUUUUUUUUUUUGUUCGCCCACACAAGCAUCAUCAUGUCUGCUCGCCAUCAGUACUAGUGCCACUGCCAUUGCGAUUGCCCUAAAAUUGUGUGACUAUGACAGUUUUUUUUAAUUAUUAUUUCUUCUCUAUGUCGGUUACCAUGGAAAAACGACAGUGCGUCUACCAUGUUGUGAUUGCUGUGAGCACAAUGGCUGCGUGGCUGUGAUGAAACACGGUUUUCUAAAAAAAAUUUAUUUAACUAAUCGCCUUUGCUGAGAUCCUGUUUGCUCUCCCAUCCUUACCUUGUCUUGCUGCAGUUCAUCGGACUCUUGUCGGCAAAGUCUUUGCGACUGUGGUCAUCGGCGAUGAGCUGGCUUCUCAACCUCCCACUCUUUACUUCCGGUUGGACUGAGCAAUCACCCGUAUGUAGAAGGAUGCACUAGAAGAAUUAUAUUUGCACGAUUGCGUGUCAUUUCAUUUCAAGGCAGGGUCUUCAGUCGUGGAGGGAGAAAGAGGAAAGGAAGAAGAAUGAAAACAAACCUACAGUGACCAUGUGUUCGGAUCCCUGUACCUUAGAGAAUACCCAGAAAUGUUGAGAGUGAACUUUCUUUUUUUUUUUUUUUUUUUUUUUUUUUUGCUCUAUUAUCUCUAUUUCACAGUUAGGUGAAAAAGUGGUUUGACGGCUGUUUAUGAAAUCUCGGGUGGUGGAUUGAGGAAGGGGUUGUUUCUCUUUUAUUCUCUCUGCAUCUCACAUAGAGAUUCAUACCCUAGGCUAUGUACAGCCCACAAACAAAUAAACUCUUUCCCUUCACACUGUUUAGAGCCCACGUCUGCUCAUCUGUGAAGAGUCAUUACAAGACAAACAGAACUAUACUAAACAUUUAAUAUUUCGAAUAUGAACCUUAAGGUGUUCUUUAUACAUCAUUCUUUACUAGAAAUUUUCUUGUUAACGCAGACAGAAAAGCCUCAUUACAAAUUCAGAGACUAGAUUGGUCAUUUUUUUUAAAUGUAAAAUGAAAGUAUGGAGAAAAGGACAAGAAAGAGAGGAACAAGAAGUAGGCAUGCGCUUUUUGAAUGCAGACUACCCAUCGUGUACACCGGAUGUUUCACUGUCUGGUAUUACUUCAACGAUCAGAAAGCUUCUAACUCUUUCUUGCGAAGUUUAAUGGGGUAGAAUUCAGAUCCCAACACCCGCAUAACAGGAAGGAACCCAUCUGCGAAAUUUCUGUUAAAUGGCUUCCAUCUUCAGGAUUGUUCGAGAAUAAAGCUUAGGGGUUUUCGUUUCUUUCUUUUAUUUCCCCUGUGGCUAACUUCUAGUCAUUUCUAACCGGAAUUAGACACUUAGAUUGGUUUAGUUUAUGAGGCUAUCACUCCACACCCCUAUCCCUUACUACCCGUCCACUUAAUUAACUCCAUUAAUUUUAAUAUCUUCAUGGCUUUUUACUCACUUUCUUAUGUCUCUGUACUUUUUUUUUCAGUCAUUCCUCGAAAGACAACCGUUUUCUCUGAGCGAAAAGAAGGAAGAAGCACUUGGGUAUCUUUAGCUAAUUUUUGCUCAUAUCUUAGUGCGAUCUGUGAUGAAAGUGUAUCGCAGUAGGAAGCUUUCUCUGUCAUCCUUUUCUGGAAAAAAAACUAGCAGGAAUUGGAUUGCUAGAAUUUCUUUGAAAUGAUUUCAUCGCCGAUGUUUUGUAGGUUUCUCCCUCCACACAAAUGGCUCUUUUAUUUAACUUCCCUCACACAUCUUCUCAUUACAUCUUCUAAAAUCCAGACUGGAUCCACAAUCCCAUAAUAUAUACAUAACUUAGAGAUUGAAAGAGCGUUAAUGUCCAGUGGUAACCCUUCACACUCUGUGACACUGUCUCCCUCCUGUUGUUGAUUUGAAUACGAUGGUCAGUCAGCCUUCGUCCUGGUUUGUAAAUAAAAUGGAAGCACGCAUAACUCCACUUUAUUUCUCCGCUAAAGGCAGUGAAACGAUCACAUUUCGCAUUUCGUUGAUGCUCAGAACGAGACUAGAGGCACCUAACACCACGUGACAGGAAAUUACUUUGACUUUCACUACCAAGUAACCUGCCACGUGGCCAGACUUGGUCCAUUAAAGAGGCGUUGUCAAACUAGGAUAUCUUGUCGAUAGUUCAGCAAGGCGUGAACACAGUCGACCCUCAGAUGAACUAUCAUUUUGCUCCGGAAAGUUCGGAAAAGGUCAGGGCUGUGUGAAUCUGUCAUUUUUAUAUGAGGUAUUUCCAUGUGUGCGCGUCCUCCAGUAUCUCAUGUGUGUGUGUUGUGAGUGUGUGAAGUGUGUGCAGACAGCUGCUUUAAACACAUUUCUGUGUUGUUUUGCCCAGCAUUUCUCGAAAACGUGUUUGACAUGGCUUCAUUUGAGAACUCAGAGCUAUUUUUGUAUACUGAACAGAAAUCAUUCAACCAUCAUUUGCAAACACGUCUUCCAGGCCGCUGUGUUCAGACCCAAACGUGUUUAGAGUUAAGGUUCUUUAUUUUGUACAACUCAGCUGACAAAGGGAGUAAAGCGAGCUUUAUUUGAACUCUCAAAUGUGAUCACAUUGGUUUUUGCAUUCACUAGAAUCGCGUCCUUUUCAUUUUUUGUAAAUGUCUUCUUCUAAAAAUGUAGUUUUCUUUGUGUAAAAUGCCCUACACUUACCAAAAAGUGACCAAGUUUUGUAUUUUUUUAAACCGAGACGCGAGAGUAUUCAUAGUAUUGCAAUUUAUCAACAUCUGUUAUGUUGUUACUGUUAGCAUUUCCUUCUGACUUAUAGUAAUUAAACAAGUUUAAAAAAUUUAAAUAUUCCAGUGCCCCGCUCAGUGAAGAUUUUCAUGAGAACCCAUGUUGCAGCCAAAACCUCUCAGAAACUAUACGCCCUUCUAGUGUAACAUGCUUAGUUUGUGUAAUAUGUAAUGUGUAACGACUGAUGAAGUAAUGCCAGUCCUCAGCUCUUACAAAGAUAAUGCAACAUGCUAAGUCAUCAUGUACAUUCAUGCCAGAACUCACCUGUAUUGUGCCUUCUGGACAACAUCGAUACCAGUCAAAAGCAAAACGAGAGUGUGAAGGAUGAGUGAGGGCUUUCCCGAUGAAAUGAAUGAGAAAGUGUGUAGUUGGAAGUGUUCUUGUUGUACGGAUAGAUGAACGAAUGGGUGGCUGACAGUUUCUUGAAGAUGUACUGACGAGCACCCCGAGAUGAAGCCAAGGGACGACUGGCAUUAUCAUUGUAAAGCGUUUGUAAGAAUUCAAUCGGUGUGCAAAGUGAUGCCGAUUUGUUAUGUUCCUUCUGUAACUAUUUUCACCUGUAACUUAUGGAAUGUUUUUGUUAUUUAUCAAACGACAAUUCCACUUAUCCCAAGUAUGCAAGCAAUAUGUAAAGAUUGUUGUUAUUGGUUGUGGGGGUGAUGUGCAUGUGUUGUAUGGAAUGGAUGGUUUUACUUACAUGAAGUUGAGACUUAGUAACUUGCAUGUGUAGCUGGUUGUAAUCAACAAUCAUGACAGUUAGAUUAUCGUCAUCAUAAGUACUUGAUAAUUCAUUUUAUUAUCAACCUCUUAUCCCACUCUCUAUCUCUCCAUCUUGAGGCGUCUGGUUCCUUCAGGCAUGCAUUCAGGCCAGUACGACUUCUACCAACAGCUGCUGAAAACGCAGGCCUGUGAGAACAAUCCGUUAGUCUCACCCAGUCUAUUUUCAGCUUUCUAUUUUUACAUCCGGGGCUUAGGCAAGAGAGUCUAAGAGUAGAAACAGCUUGAAGCUUGGCCUUUCUUGUCGUAUCACUUUUGCGAAAGUUGAAAGACAAGUCGAAAACUUUCGUAGCCCGCACGACUACUCAGCAGCAGCACCUUCACAUCAAGAAUAUUAUAAUAUUUCCUGCAAGAAAUUAGCAAGUGGCUAUGAUACCUACAACUUUUGUAGACUUUGGUUCACUUCCCUCCCCACACUAUUCCCCCUCCUUUCCCUAGACAUGUGGAUUCGAAAAGUACGAAUAUCUUUUAUCCUUUCAAUUCCUAAACAACCGUAUUUUUAUUCGCCCUUGCUGUUGCUUAGUGUCGAUGGCGAAUUUUACAAUUCGCUAGGUUGCGAUGCAAUGACGGCCCCUUCAAGGGGUUGUUUGCCCCUGACCUCUACCCGUACGCUGUGUUAGCUCCCCUUCGCUACUGCAUCAGACGCUGGGUGGGUAGGAGAUGCCGAGGAGGGAUCCGAGCACAAGCAGGGUAGGGUAGGGGUUGAGAAUGCGGGGUAGGGAGCGAGCAGGCUAAACUAAUGGCAUUACCAUCGACAGACACAACUGUCGGGCCUGCGCACGCAGUCUCGCACGAGCGUCACGGAUGUUCCACUAGGUGUGUGCUUUCUCACGGUUCACAAGGAUCCUCCUGUCUUCCUUUGUUCCAAGAUCGUGUAGUUCUUCCUCUUUCUUUUGUCUCUAGGUGGUAGCUGAUCAUUGCUUGAGCUGCGUGCUUUCAGGGGUCUUUAUAUAGCCAUGUGCUGCUUGUGUAUCACAAAGACUUUCAACGCACCCUCCUUUAUUGUGAGUGUGUGUGAGAGAGAGAGAGAGUUUGUGUUCGGGAGAGAGGAUCCGGUGGUUAGGCUUUGUGUCCCGUUCAGUCCUGAACAACAAUAGCAUUCUGAAAGUUUCUUAUACUUGCAUUCUUUCUCAUUGUUUUUCUCGGAAGCAUCGUCCUGUCAGCAUCUGUGGCCUCCCAUUCACACUCUUUUGAUCUUAUCAAAUCCAUAUCUUUGGUACCUAAGAUCAAAUAUUCUUUUGUUUAUAGUCAACUGUUGGACAAUGAGUUCACUUUGUCUCAUAUACAAGAAAAUAUUAUAGCAUUAACUAAGGUCGUACAGACUUGUCAAACUGAAAGAUCCAUGGAGAAAGUAAUGUAGAUUAUGAAUCAUAAUAUCGUAAUGCGAGACAUGUGACAAUGUUCAUUCCUAAAAACUAUAAACAUAGGGAUGCUGCAAGCCAUGACUUCACUACAUGAUCAGCUAAGAGAAGAGCAGUGUGUUUUUCUGUAUCCGCAGAUAUUAUAAAUUAAUAUUAUAAUCAGAAUUAGGUGACUGCUUUGAAAUUCAGCAGUGCCUUAGUAGUAAUUAGCCUGAGCCAGGCAUUGUAAGAAACUGUCAUUUUUUCUAAAGACUUGGGAUUGAAUAUUCAAUAAUGGUCCGAGUAGUGUUGUUAAAAACUCUUUUCAAGAGUCACAUUAAUUAUCGCUAAGCAUGGCUGGACACUUUUUAAAAGCACACAUAAUGGAGUGAUUUAGAUGCAUAGGACUACUUCGAGGGCAUUGGGCUCCUCAAUUUGUGAUUACAUGCACAGCCGCAAAGAAUGUGUAAAGACUGCAAAUGGUUUCCGACGAGUUCCGUUAAGAAAGUACUGUAUGCCUGUGAUAAAACACAGCCGUCGAUCGUUAGGUUCAGUGGGGAAAGGGGGAUUGCGGGGGAUUGCGGGGGAAGAAGGCAGAGACGUGGACGGACGGGUUUCAUGUCCAUUAUGUUCUUGCAAGCCAGCAUCUCUGAGACUAGCGCCAUCGUUAAUGCUUCAGGAAACCGUGCUGAGAUUUUACUGUAACCAGUAAAACAUGCACAGUUUUAUCUUUUUCUUCUUGUCUGUGCUAGUUCACCUGCCUUUCUGCACAUUUUGAGCCUGCGCUGACGUCACAGGCCCGGGGCCUGUCUGUUGGCGGGAUUCCAGUAGUUUGUCUUGCGGUUGUGCAAAACCAUAUGUGCCAAAAGGCGAAGCAUGUGCGCUACCGUUGCCCACGCAACAUCCAGACCCCUUGAUUAUCAACAAACUCUCUUCUCCUCGCGAAGACCUUGCUAGGAAAAAAGAUUCCCUUCGCGAAUUAUCGGCUUUAGCUACAGCAGGGUCGACUCUCUCUCUCAUACGUUCCGUAUGGCGGUGACUGUGUACUUGUUGUUACAGGUGCGUCUCUGUGUGUGUGUUUUAAGGUCUCCAUCGAGCACGCACGCACGAACCAGAAAGUUCUAACACCUCUUUAGUUAUAAACUGUUCCACAAUAACCUAGCAUGGACACACGAGGACAGGCACCAGCACAUCCACGAAACCUCUCACUCACACACCUGCACGCGAAGUGUUGGACCUCGGAGACAAGAGAUGUUCAGUUGACAUGUUCAAUACUAUUGUAUCUGAAGUAAAACAUCUUCAACAUACAAGGGGUAUCUGUUGAUUUAGUUACUACUGAAAUCCGCUUCAGCUUGCCGAAACUUUAUGAAUGUAACUCGCAAACUCUGCUGUAAAUUAAACAUUGACUCGCACUAUUAUUAGGUGUGAGUAGUUUUCAUUUGACAUCUCUGUAUGUAGAGCCCGUCCUCUUGCUGUUUGCGUUUGUAACAUAGGUACAUUGGUCUUGUACUUAGUUGUAUGCUUAUCUUUUUAUUGGUGGAAGUUCACGACCUCGUCUUCAGCGGCCGUUAAUUUGUGAUGUCCUGAACAAGUUUGUGACGUGUAAACUAAGGGAAGAAACUCUCAGUGCAAUACCACUCUGUGUGCAAUACAGUUCUAAGCUUUUACAAUAUCAAUGUGCAAUUUGCAGGUGUAUGCAGUACAUAAUUAUUUAGCAACGGAAAUGUGCAAUUUACUUUUGAGGAAAGGAACGCGUUUCUGGUAUUGAUCUCAGUAAUUAUUUUUUUCCAGUUAUCCUUUAACAAGUAUUGAAUUCGUAUGAGAAUAAUUGUAAAAUGACUUAGAUAUUUAUUUCCGCUAGAGAUGAAAUGUUUUAUUCGACAAUGUAGUAGCAUGUACACAGACGAGCUCUCCUAAUUUUUUUUUCUACAGUCGUCUAUGUUAAGCACCAGACAGUUAAUAAUAUUCUUAAUGGUACAACGGCCUAAUUAGACAAACACUUACAGGUAGUCUUUUGAACUCUACCGUGAGCAACAGUCGAGACCAUUGCUUGUUUGUGUCUGCAUACACUGCCAAUGUUCCUGGGCGAUGAGGCCAGUCGUUUAGAGAACAAUCUCAAGUGCCUUCGUGUUCCCAUUGUCUCUGCACAUCUAUGCAGGGCGCACGCCAACCUGUGCCAGGACGCCCCACGUGGCUGGUCAAUAAGGUCAAAAGGUCAAAAGGUCAAUAGUCUUCACAUCUUUCGCUCCCUCAGCAUCUGGGAGGCCGAGCGUGUUGACGAGGAACACUGCACUGCAGGGUAGCAAACCCGGAGGGUGUGUUGCUGCAUGAAACGCAUGCCUCAGGUUGUCACGACAGUGCAUUAUCAUCGACACACAGGUUUGCAGGUCCCCCCACUCCUAAUCAACAUCUUACUUCGUCUGUGAUUCCGUUUGUACUCAAAAGCAAAGUUCGUUCAUUGUGUAUGACGACGGUACAAAUAAUUUUACAAAUUUCUUACAGAUGUGCAGUUGGCUGUUCUUAGCAUUCAUCCUGUUUAGACUAGAAAUGAAAGAUGGUGAUAUGUCAUAAAUACGGCCAAAAGUAUGGAUUGUAUUCAAUCUUCAAUACUCCCGAAGCGCAAGGGUAAAGGGAGGGAAAGCGUAUGAUGGAAGGGAUGGGGAUGGAGAAGUUAGAUGCAUGUGAUGUCAAAUGGUUUUUAGGAGAUGUGAGUGCGUGUAAUGUCAAAUGUUCCUGGAGAUGUGAGUGCAUAUUCACAAGAAGUGGAGUGCCUGGCAGAUCAAAAGCUCCGGCACUGUCUCCAAAGAGCCGUUACCCUCACAGACUGUAGUGUGCUAGGGGGCGCACUUUCAACAGUUUGAACAGCUGCGAACAGUUGAAUAAAACAGUUGUGUUCUGCGAGUACAGGUGUAACUCGUCACUAAAUGAAACGCUUGGAUUGCACGAUGUCUCUUGAGUCCUUCUUCCUUCAACAUUCUCCUAGUAUUUAUGUCCUCACGCUUGUUUGCAUGUCAGUGCGUACGUCUGUGUGUGUGUGAGAGAGAGAGAGAAAGAAAGAGAGAGUAUGCCUGUUCACAUGAUCUCGAUGUCUCGGUAUGCGUGAAUAUUUUUCUCUCUCACCUAAAAUUUUAUUUUAUUUAUUUUAAAGACUGUUCCUUUUGAUACCAUUUCUUUGAGCACAAAUCUCAAAACAACAUAUAAAAUACUUCAGCUCGGUUUCUUCACCAUAUCAUAUAACGGACUAGCCGUGUUCAUAUAAACGCACAUGGAAUAGAUAUAUAUAUACACUGUUAUGUCAACAGAAGCAUGGUCGAGUCAGGUACUCUAUACUCUCCUUUAUACGAAGAUGCUAUUCUUACUCUUUAUAUGUCUUGAGCAAAGAUGGAUGACAAUUGCUUUGUGUUUUAUUUUAUCUUGAUGGCGAUGAUGAUGUCAAAACGAAAUUGGUGGAUGCCCUUUUGCUCUGAUUCAUUCAUCCAUGAUCAGACAAUAAUAAUUAGGACUCGUGUUCUUAUUAAAUAAUGACUGGUAUCUGGAGUGAUGUGACCUACUUACAGGUACAAGGUGGAAAAUGUAAUCACGAUUUUUUUAUGAGAAAAUGUAGUAGCGAACCUUAAAUGGAAUGUUGCUUGUUGUCUGGAUUUUUUACACUAGUGAUGUGCUUAGAACUAUUUAGGAUUAAAUAAUGUAUUAAGGAAUCCAAUCACAUGGAUCAUGCAGUUACUAUUUUGUGAUUAAGUUUAGUUUUCAUUGUUAAAUAUUUAGGUCAAAAUUGCCAGAAGACAAAGUUUAAAUAUCAGUAAAACAUCUUCUAAAGUGUGUUCUGUUAAGAU